AAAUAGAUAUUAUUUAUAUAAACAUAUUUUUUAAAAUAGAUUUAAUUCACAAAUAAACAUUUUAUAUUUACCAAUUAUCAUCUUUUCAAAAUUUAGAAAAUGUCUCCAAAAUAUCAUUCUCCCUCUCCGGCUAAUGGCUAUAAAAAGAAAGGGCGCAGAAGAUCUCCUAGCCGUAGUAGAUCAUUCUCUGGGUCUAGAAGUCCAUCUUCAUACUCUAGAUCUUAUUCAAAAUCUCGAUCAAGAUCAAAUUCACGAAGUCGUACAAGAAGCCCAUCAUUUGUUAAAUCCCGCAAAAGAUCAUAUACAAAAUCUCGAUCUCGUUCUCCAUAUGAUUCAAAAAGACAAACACAACCCGAGGAAAUUGUACCAUGUAAAUGUUUGGGAGUUUUUGGUUUAAGUUUAUAUACACGUGAGAGGGAUUUAAGAGAAAUAUUCUCAAAAUAUGGUAAUGUUGAAGAUGUUGUGAUAGUUUAUGAUCAUGCGUCACGACGUUCAAGAGGAUUUGGAUUUGUUUAUUUUCAAACAAUAGAAGAUGCUGCUUAUAGCAAGGAGAAAUCAGCAGGACUUGAAAUAGAUGGUAGAAGAAUAAGAGUUGACUUUUCAAUUACUCAAAGGGCUCACACUCCAACACCUGGAAUAUAUAUGGGAAAACCAACAUACAGCAACAAUGGACCUGGGUACACAAGAAAGAGGACACCUUCUCCAUAUUACAAUAAGAAUCGAAGAAGCGUUAGUAGGGACAGCAGAUCUGCCUCCUUUACUCCCCCACCAAAAAGAAAAUUUUGAAGAAUAUUAAGAAAAAAGAAAAUAAAAGUUACUUCUGAAAAGAAAAGGUUUAAAGAAUGUUGAAAUAAUUGUAGAAAUACAAUGAGAAUAUAGGAAUAUAGAUGAAGGUCUUAAACAGGGCAUAUGAAAUAAAAACAUCUUAUUUAGUCAAAGUGUCAAAAUAAGAAAACUGAAAACCGAAAAAUUUCCAGAAAUUACACUUGUGAAUUUUUUUAAUAUUUUUUUUAAAAAAUCUAGUUUAAAUAAAAAUUAAAAUUUCCUUAAUCUUAACAUUUUUUAUCAU